AUGGCCCAAAUCAUCGACGUGGUGCCCUGGGAAGAUGGCUCCGCCCAUGUAUAUGCUUCCCCAGCCAUCCUCCUCCCGCUGGAGCGCGUGCGCAACCCACUCGCCGGUGUGAAGCACCAGCUCUACCACCCAGCCCUGCCCACGCUGCGGCGCAUGGACAUGGACACUGUCAAGGGCUGCCUAUCGGAUGAGCACUCCCAAUCUUCCACCUACUGCUCCAAAGAUGACUUUAACAAGGCCCACUUCACACUCCUGGGAGUCCCCAACAAACCCCUGCAAUGCCUGGACUUCACAGAGACCGGCAAGAAGCUCUGUCAUAAGUACCGCGAAGGAAAAAUGGUGCCCAUCGCGCCAGGCAUCAACCGGGUCGACUGGCCCUGCUACACGCGUGCCAUCGAAGAUUGGUCUAAAUUCGUGUCCAGGUCCGGGGAGUUCAAGCUACCUUGCAUCAACAAAAGGGUGGAGAGUUUCAGUGGCUACGCGGUGCGGUACUUGAAGCCUGACGUGACCCAGAACUGGCGGGUAGGGAAAGAUGCACGUAGACCCGACCCAGGUGCCCAUUCCUGUGGCCUGCCCCAGUACUGCCUCAACCAGAACCCCAGCCUGGACCGCUACGGACAGAAGCCCAUGCCUUUCGACUCGCUGAACGCAUUCCGACGCUUUGGCUCCCACUACAGUCGUGCCAACUAUCUGACUCCCUGGCAUUAA